UUUCAUCAUUUGACUGCAAUAAAGCUUGCUGCAGAAGGAUCCUGUUGUCCACGUGCGUUCUUGCUGGCGAGACGACCACGCUGCUUGCAACAAUUUUGUAUCCAGCAACUUUGCUACAGAUGGUCUCCUCAUCCAGGGCCAUAUCCUCUGAAGACCCACUCACCUUGAAGUAGCCUGUUGUAAAGUGGAAGCAGAUGAGAGCCCGUGGGAAUGGCCAACCUUCUUGCUACCUCAACCUCUAUCCUCUUCAUGCUCCUCAUUCAACUUCUGCUCUGCCUUUGAGUCAAAGGCAAAGGUAGAGAUGUCAUAAUGAGGAUUCUUGUAACAGUCAAGGUACUCUAGAGAAACAGAGCUUAUACAAUGAAUAUAUUUGAGUAUAUUUAUUAGAAUGUCUUAUAGGCUAUGGUUCACCUACCCAACAACAGCUCUCUAUCAAUGGAAAGUCUUAGAAUCCAUUCACAAGGAUUCGUGUUCAGUUCAUGAGGCUGGAUGACCAGUUUCAGAUGGUCUUCACUACAUGACAGAAUCCCAAAAACGUAGGCUUUCAUGGAUGUGAAGGAAUGAUCUUGCCAGUAAGAGGGAGAACAAGCAGGCAAAGAGAGCAAGCUUCCUUCCUCCAUGUCCUUUAUGUAGGUGGUCACAAGAAACUGUGGCCCAGAUUAGAUCUUCUCACCUCAAAAAUCUGGAUUAAAGGUAAGUCUUCUCACUUCAAUUAUAUAAUUAAGAAAAAUCCCUCACAAGUGUACCUAGCCACUUGGGUUUUAGGUAACUGCAGACAUAAUCAAGUUGAAAACCAAGAAUAACCAUCACAUUCCCACUACUUGAGCCUUAGAGGGAUUUUUGGCAUGUUGAUACCUCAGAACUUUCAUUACCCAACUGGGGCUUGCUGCAGCAACAGUGAGGAUACCCUGGUUUAAGUACGUUUUCAGUGUGCUUGUGCCAUGGCUUAGCUUUUUUCACUCAUUGGCACAUUAUGCAGAAACCCAAUACUCCUCAUCAGUCUUUACAGGUUGCCAGAGAUCUUACUGAUGAACUCGGCCUUCUGUUCAUUUACAAAGCUGAUGGGGCAGAAAUGAGCAACGAGGGAAGCCUGAGGAGGACCGGGCUAGGAAGAGCAGCAGGGCUUCGCAGAGGCGGUCCCGCGCGCCCUGGUAGGCGGAGUGGCAGAUUCAUCUGAGAAAGACAGACAGCUGCGUCUCUCCCGCCGGAACUCCACACCCAGACUAGUGGCCCAGGCCCGAGAGCCCGUGUCACACCAGCGAGGACAGGCCACAUAGAGCGACUGACUGAACAUGGCCACACCGUUCCUAUCCGCAGGGGCCACCAGGGGCGACAGCGGUGGGGAACUGAGCUCUAGGGACAACUCUGGUGAUAUGGAAUCCCCCCAGACUCCCAAGACUGAGACGUUCCGGAGCCUGGCCGAGCAGUUUGAGAAGGCUGCCGCACACGUCCAAGGCCUGAUUCAGGUGGCCAGCAGGGAGCAGCUCUUGUACCUGUACGCCAGGUACAAGCAGGUUAAAGUUGGCAAUUGUAAUAUUCCCAAGCCAAACUUCUUUGAUUUUGAAGGAAAGCAAAAGUGGGAAGCAUGGAAAGACCUUGGUGACUCAAGCCCUAAACAAGCAAUGCAAGAAUAUAUCGCAGCAGUUAAAAACCUAGAUCCAGGGUGGAAUCCUCAGGUUUCAGAGAAGAAAGAAAAAGAAACCAAUAGUGGUUUUGGUGGGCCUGUCGUUAGUUCUCUAUAUCAGGAAGAAGACAAAAACAUAUUUGAUUACUGCAGGGAGAACAACAUUGACCAUAUAACCAAAGCCAUCAAAUCGAAACAUGUGGAAGUGAAUGUGAAAGAUGAAGAGGGCAAAGCUCUGCUCCACUGGGCAUGUGACCGAGGACAUAAGGAACUAGUGACAGUCUUGCUACAGCAUGAAGCUGACAUUAAUUAUCAGGACAAUGAAGGUCAGACAGCUCUUCACUAUGCUGCUGCCUGUGAGUUUUUGGACAUUGUGGAUCUGCUUCUCUUGUCUGGCGCUGACCCCUCUCUCAGAGACCAAGACGGCUCUCUGCCAGAAGAGGUGACGAGAUGGCAAAGCAUUUUCUCUGGUGCUGCAACGGCACAGGGCUAGCAAGGCUUGAUCCAAAGGCUGGAAAAACACAGUCUGGCAGAAUAAGACUUCAGAUAUGAAAGAAACUGCAAAAAUAAUAUUUCUUUACCACCCAUCUUUGGUAUGCAUUGGCUAAUAAAAUCAUUUCUGAGUUAAAAAAAAAAA